AUGUGCUCGAAAUAUGCAACCCAGUGGAAAGCAGCUAUGGACGAAGAAUUGGAAGCAAUGAAGUCCAAGGGAGUGAUCACAUUAAUUUUGAAACGAGAGAUGCCUGAAGACACUAAAGCGAUCAAGACAAUGUGGGUCUAUAGUGUUAAAACGGACCACUUAGGCAACGUUAUCCGUCUUCGAGCAAGAAUUGUGGCUCGAGGUGACAAACAACGCCCAGGAAUUGACUAUGGAGAAACCUUCAGUCCUGUAGCACGUAUGGCGACUUUCAGGAUGUUCGUGGCCAUUUUCCUAUUGAUGGACUUGACCAUUUACCAGGGUGAUAUCAACACGGCCUACCUGAAUGCACCCUUGGGGAUCAAGCAGUACUUGGACUCUCUAGAUGGAUAUCCUUCUGAAACUGACGACAUGGUAUAUGUUGUUCACAAGGCACUGUAUGGUCUUAAACAGUCUGGUCGAGAGUGGAACACCGAAGUAAAUGCGUGGUUUUUACGGUAUGGGUUUAAGCGUUGCACUACAGAACCGUGUCUGUAUUACUACGAUUCAGGUUCUAAGUUCGUAUUGGCACUACUCUACGUGGAUGACAUUCUGUGUGCAACCAAGAAUGAAUUGUUCAAGACGAAAAUGUUUCGGAGUCUGGACGAGGUCUAUGGAAUGAAGGAUUAA